AUGUCUGAAGAGACCCAGUACGCGACGGCUGAGCCUCUAAUCCGCCGCCUCGAAAUCAAGAAGGUUUUCGAACAAUUAACUCCAGAUGAAAAGCUUUAUGCCCACUACUCAAGUAGGGCUGCGUGGGCAGCAACACGAAUCAUUCUUAGGCAGGUGUCGCCCGAGGCCGAACAAAUUUACAAGUUCAUCCUGGAGCUGCACAAAGCCUGCAAUGGCAAGUGGGAAUCUCUCUUGGAUAGAAUUGACCUGAAGCAGCUUCUGGGGUUCGCAGCCAUCUUUCUGGCAAAUAUAGGAAACUAUGGCUACGGCGACCAGAAGUUUGUACCUCGAAUCUCGAGAGACUUUGCCUACUCCAUCGCAUCUGCUGCUUCCGAAAAUGCAACCUCCCUCCUUGAUCAUUGUAUUGGGUACAAGCUUUCGCAGGAGCCACACAUGAUCGGUUAUACGAGCGCUACUUCUCAGAAUCAGUAUUUCACUGGCGAUACUCCAUUCACUCAGGCGGACGCCAAUGCAUUGGGUCACAUCAUGGACCAAAAUCGUAUUGGGAAGGAAAAUACCCGAGUGCAGAGGAUCAUUGCGACUCAAGAUGGGGAAGCCACUCUCGCCAUCAACAUUCUCCAGGCUUCUGUGGCACGCGAUGACCAACCAAGAGAUCUUGACAAUAUGAUUGAUGGACAAAGACUUGAACCGUACAAGGAUUCGCAGCGACUAUGGGUCAAGGAUAAAAGUCCUGUCGUCGAAACUAUUUUUGGGUUUGUUGAGCCAUACCGCGACCCGGCCGGGACAAGGGCAGAAUUUGAAGGGAUUGUUACUAUCGUCGAUAAACAAAAUACCAAAGCUCUGAGGACUUUGGUGGAAAAGUCCUUGGAUUUCACCUCAAAAUUGCCCUGGGUGGAAAUCGGAGGUAGCCACGGGGAAGCUAUAACAUCACUAGGACCUUUUGAGAACGCGUCUUUCGAGAGUCCAGACUUUACGUCAGUACAUGCUUUAACUUACUGCUCUACGAUUAUCUUCCUCGGCAUAAACUUGCCCAAUUUUGAGCAUAUUCGCGAAAACGAUGGAUUCAAGAACCUUAUACUUGCAAACCGUGAAAUUCCCGCAGAUCCAGACAGACAUGAUGCUUCAAGCGAGACCCCUUUCAUCGAUUCUGCGGAGGUCAGAACCUUCAUUUCCCAUCACCAUUACGCAUGGAACUUGCAGAUCACAAUCCACGAGUUACUUGGUCAUGGAACGGGUAGAAUGAUCACUGAGGACUUCAAUGGGAAGCCAAAUUUCAAUAUCACAAGUCCGCCAAUCAGUCCGCUUACCCAGAAGCCUAUCAAGACAUGGUAUAAGAAAGGCGAAACUUGGACUAGUGUCUUCGGAAAACUUGCAACGACUAUCGAAGAGUGUCGCGCGGAAGCUCUUGGCGUCAUUUACAACCAGUAUCUCCAUUUUGGUGUUCUUGGUGUGGAAUCUCUGAAGAGUUACGAUCCCCAAAGUCAGUCUUGGGGUCAACCGCAUGAACGUGGUCAUUUUGCGAUGAUUCGUGUUCUCAUGGCCCAGGAAGGAUUCAUGAAAAUUGAUAUAGACGAGUCAUUAGGCCGUCUCAUUGUCAGAAUCGAUCGUACCAAGAUUUUAUCUCAUGGCAAGAAGGCUUUGGGAGAACUGAUUAUGAGGCUGCAUGUCUACAGGUGUACCGCCGAUAUCAAUGCCGCUAGAGCAUACUACGAAGGCUUGACCCAUGUAGAUGACUAUUGGCUCACAGUCCGAGACAUUGUCAAGGCUACGCCAGCAAAGACUCUCAUCUUCUUACAAGCCAACACAUUUAUCAAGAACGGUAAAGUUCUAAUCAAAGAGUACGAACCGACUGUUGAGGGCGUCAUCCAGAGCUGGGCAGAUAGGGAAUAUUGA